UGCGCUGUAGCCAGUCCGCCAUAACCCGCCCGCGCAUCCACCUGCGCAUAGACACCAAAAUAUUUAUUUAUAUCCUUUUUAGUUGAAAACUUUUUUAAAUAUGUAAAAGUUUUUAAAUAAUUCUUCUUUUUGGUGUUUGAACAAAAAGUUUUUGUGUUUUUUUUUACGGAAAUAAUGAACUCUAAAUAUUUAUUAAGAUAAGUUAAGUUUUGAACAAAAUGGAACGAAUCGCAAUUUUGGUUGUAUUCGCCUUCGUUUUCAUCUGUCUCCAAUAUACCUCAGCAGAAGAAACAGUCUUAUCGGAAGUCUUAACACCCACGACGACGACUGAGAAUGACAAAUUAAAAAGACAAAGUAGGAGUUACUAUGACUAUAGAUAUGGAGCACCAAGGCCAUUGUACGACAGACUAGAAUACGGGAGACAGGAUUAUGACAGGCCACGAUGUGGUAGAUGUGAUGAUCGGAGAGACGAUCGUGAUGACAGAGAUGACGACUAUGACAGACGCGACCGGUACGAUGACGACAGACGCGGACACAAACCAACAUACGGCAACAGAUACGACAGCAAAAAGAACUAUGACAGCGACGAAGACAGGUAUUCCGACAGAAAUAAAGGACAAAAGAACGGUACGGAAGAAGAAAACGGAGAUAACAAGAGUGGGUAUGAUGAUAAAGAUAGCCGCCCAAGCGGCAGUCGACGAGGAGGCGAUAGAGACAGAGAUCGAGACCGCGGGAGAGACAGGGACCGCGAUAGGAGACGAGGAGGAAGUGGAGACAGAUACGAUGACAGGGACAGAUAUAGACCAGAUUAUUACGACAGGUUCUUAAGAGAUCCGUAUAGAGAAAGAGAUUAUUAUGAUGACUAUAGAGGGAGGCGGCCGUCGUAUGAUAGGUACUAUCCUAGCUAUGAUGAUGGACUGAGCAGAUACGAUCCCUAUGGAUACCAAGGUGUUAGAAGACCAGUGUACGAUGACCGAGGAUAUGAUGACGGAUACGGUGGAUACGGACCAACCGCUGGAAGGGGAGCACAUGAUAGUUUCAGGCCUUGGGACGAGACCUACCGUGGUCAGGCAGGGUGGGAUGCAGGUGGCAGAGGCUAUUACUUCGCGUCAGGCAGGCCUGAUGCAGCGCCCGCUUCGGGCUGGGGACGACCUGAAUAUUCCAGACCACAAGAACCCUACCAAAGUAUAGGAGGCUACUCAGGUGGAUAUAGUGGAUCGUACCGCGACCCAUACGCACAGGUGUCCAGCGGCUACAGUCAAGGGUACGGCCAGGGCGCCAGCUACGGCCAGGGAGCUGGAUACGGCCAGGGUGGCUAUGGACAGAAUGCUGCGGCUUAUGGAGCGAGCUUCGCUGGGUAUGGACAGGGUGGCAGUGGAUGGCACAGCGUGGGAGAAAGGAGACCGUAUAGAGAUGAGAGUGGCGUCAAAAAGCUAGAGAACAGAGACAACUACAACCAGGAUUCCAAACGCAGUCAGAACAGCUACGAGCCGUCCAGCCGUCAGCCGUCCAACUACGGCGCAACGGCCAACUAUGGCCAGACCGGCUACCAACAAGGCUACGUCCAAAGCAGCAGCACCACUCCUGCCACCAGCUACCUGUUCCAAAGAGAUGAUGAGCAGGUCACGGUGAAGACUAAUGAGACUACCAAGCAGCCAUCUUAGGUCCUCAUUUGUGUUCUUUUUAUAUUUCAUGGUUGACUUAAGGUUUUAAAGUGUGGUUGAGAUAUGACUGUGUUAAUUGUGUUCAGUCUUUAAUUAGUUUGAAUUGGAGAAAAACUUUUUAAUUUAGUGUGUGGACUGUUUCAUUACUUGAAAUGGGUUUUAGAAUGUCAGAUAUAAUAAAAUUGUAUUUUUACUCCGAAGGGUACAUAGGGAAGGUGUGUUCUCUCACAGUUGGUUGUCUUAGAGGUCAUAAUAAUUGAUAACUUACCAAACAUAUUACGCACAUUGAUCGGUGUUAAAGAAUCGACAUAGAUUCUUCGCCGCCGAUCGAUAACUGCUAAGAUUACUAAAACUUGAUAGAACUUCUCCCCAAAACUUGAGUCCUUGACAACAAACAAAGGUACCUAUCACUUGUAUGUUGUAGCUUAUACAGCUAACUGCCCUAACCUGUCAAAUGAAUUCCAAAUAACAACCAAAAUUAAUGAUUUCCAAACAAACUUCUAUAUAUCAUUAUGUAACCGUCACGAUUUCCAAUUAAGUCAGCCUUGGAAACUCUCUACAAAGCAUUUUCCACGAUGUUUGUACCAACGUGUCAUGUGUCAUCAAUCUCCCCUGUGUCAGGUUGUCGCACUCUGACACUGACCUACGGCCUGACACAAACUCUGACGUUAGCGUAAGCAUUAGCUAUAGCUUCAGCGAUAGUGUCAGCGUUAGCGUGCAUUCCCACAAUUAGCUCGUAAUUAUUCUAAGUAUUGAUAAAGUUUGAAGUAAUAAAGUAUUUUUAUUGUG